AUGACUGAUACUUUCCCUGCUGCCCUGGUAGGGCCGUCUUCGAAGGAGAGGAAGUACGAUCGCCAACUACGUUUGUGGGCUGCGAGCGGGCAGCAAGCUCUUGAAGAGUCUCGUGUUUUAUUGGUCAACUCCGAUGGUUCCUGGGGAGAUCAAGGCACUGGAGUAUCGGGCGUGGCUGGCGUCGAAACCCUCAAGAACCUUGUGCUCCCCGGCAUUGGUGGCUUCACCAUUGUAGAUCCUGCUGUUGUUACAGAGCCUGAUCUGGGAGUGAACUUCUUUCUCGAGUCAGAGAGUCUGGGGAAAUCUAGAGCUGAGGAAACCUGCCGCCUGUUGAGAGAGUUGAACCCAGAUGUCGAAGGAAGUUUUCGUCCAAAGUCCAUCUCAGAAGUCUUGCAACAGGAGCCAGACUUUCUUGCGCAGCAUAGGCUGGUGUUGAUAUCCGGUCCUGUGAAACGUUCUACUUUAGAUACUGUUUGCAACGCUGCCAAGGCACUGAAUAUCCCAGUGCUAUAUCUGCGCUCUGUCGGGUUCUACUCUGUCUUUUCCCUUCAGCUUCCAGCAGAUUUUCCCAUAGUAGAGACACAUCCGGAUCCUGAAGCGACACAAGACCUUCGUCUUCUUAACCCAUGGCCAGAAUUGGCAGCGGCUGGCGCCAGCAUUAGCAACCUGGACAGUAUGGACGACCACCAACAUGGCCACGUGCCGUAUGUAUUGUUACUGCUUCACUACCUGGAAAAGUGGAAACAAGCCCAUGACGGCAAGGUGCCUUCAAAUUACAAGGAGAAAUCAGAGUUCAGGGAGUUUGUUCGGGCUAGUGCCAGGACGAAUAAUGCCGAAGGAGGCGAAGAGAACUAUGACGAGGCAGUUGCUGCGGUACUGAAAUCAUUGAAUCCAUUCAGUUUGCGCGGCUCAAUCCGUGAGAUUUUCGAGAUGGACCAGUGCAAGAACCUCAAACAGAACUCAGCUGAAUUCUGGCUCAUUGCGGCAGCUGUUCAUGAAUUUUACCAAACGCACAAGGUGCUCCCUCUGCCUGGCUCGCUACCUGACAUGAAAGCUCAAUCGGCCGACUAUGUCUCUCUUCAAAAUAUCUACAAAUCGAAAGCAAGAAAGGACGUGGAAGAGGUAACAGCAACAGUCAGAAGGCUCGAAGCUCAGUUGGGACCACGGGCGGCCGUCAUUCCCGACAAAGAUAUUGAGAUAUUUUGCAAGAACGCUGCUCACAUCAAAGUUAUUCAUGGCCGUGAUAUCCCUCGCAUCAACGGCGACGCGCAGACUCUGAAAGCGAUCACAGAUAACCUCAGCUCUUCCGAAGCACUUGUUCCGAUCUUCAUUGCCUGUCAAAUUCUGGAUGACAUCGUGACCGACAUUCAGGAAUCCAAUAUCGCUGAUGUAUCUCUUGAUGACGAGUCCCUGUGGAAUACCCACAUUCAACAAGUCAUCAGUAAUCUUGCCUCCGAUCCUACUGCUAUUGACGAACGAGCACGGGAGAAGAUCUUGGAAGCUACGCAAGAGUUGAGACGCACAGAAGGUGGGGAGCUACAUAACAUAUCCGCUCUCACAGGUGGGCUAGUGGCGCAGGAAGCACUGAAGGUGAUCACAAGGCAGUAUGUGCCACUGGACAACACAUGCAUAUUUGAUGGCGUACGGAGUCGCAGCGAGAUGUACAGGUUGUGA